AUGGGGAAGAUCAUUUUCUACGAGGACAGAGACUUCCAAGGUCGUCACUUUGAAUGUACCAGUGACACCCCGGACUUGCAGACUUAUUUCAGCUGCUGCCGCUCCAUCCACGUGGAGAGUGGUGUCUGGGUGAUCUACGAGCGCCCCAACUACUUGGGGUACAUGUACGUCUUAAGGAGGGGGGAGUACCCAGAUUACCACCGUUGGAUGGGCUUCAAUGACAAUGUCAGGUCUUGUCGCAUGGUCCGGCAGCCAACCGGAGGCUUCUACAGGAUAAGGGUCUACGAGAGACCGGAUUUUGGGGGUCAAAUGAUGGAAUUCACGGACGACUGCCCCAACGUCUAUGAUCGCUUCCGGCACCGUGAGAUCUACUCCUGCAACGUGCUGGACGGAGCCUGGGUCUUCUACGAGCUGCCCAACUACAGAGGGAGGCAGUACCUGCUGGAGCUGAGGGAGUACAGGAGGUACAGUGACUGGGCUGCCAUCUCUCCCAUGGUUGGCUCAUUCCGUCGCAUCGUGGACUACUGA